AUGCCAGACGACGAACCAAGACGGUCAAUGGUUGGAGCGCCACCGUCCACUAGAAGAGGACGUAAGUUGAACUACAAACCGAACGGUUAUUUAGAAAUAAGAAAUGAAUAUAGUUGUUGUUUCAUACUGAUUUAUAUACCUUUAGAAAACUAUCUGUAAUCAAAAAGUAUGAAUUACAUUUUACGGUUUUCUAAAAUCUGUUUUUGCUUCAGGCGGAGGGGCAACUCCUGCGUCGGCCACGCCUGUCACUCCGAGAACAUCUGCUCGCGCCUCGAAGCGAGUCAAGAAAGAAGAGCCGGAAGAAGAGGAAUACAAGGACGAUAACAGCGAUGCUGAGAAAAGCGAAGAGGAAGAGUCGGAAGAUUCUGGAGACGACGUCACUCCAUCCCGGAAGAAUGGCGGAGGUGCCGGUGGUGGUCGGAAGAGAAAGCGGGCUCCAUUGACUGAUUAUCAUUUGAAGAAGAAGAAGAUUCUGGCACGGAAGGCACAGAGAGAAGCCGAGCGAGAGAGGGAAAAAGAACUGGGAGUAGAGGAGGAGGAGGUGGAAAAGGAACCGACUCCACCGCCCGCACGGAAGCCACCAUCCUUCUCAAACUUUUCGCCGAUUCAGCUGAUGCAGGAUCAUAUUCUUCGGAAACUCAUCGACAAGGAUCCAGAACAAUAUUUCGCAUAUCCGGUAACUCCUGCGAUGGCCCCAGACUACAAGGACAUUAUAAAGGAGCCGAUGGACCUGCAAACUGUCCGGUAGGCCUAAAGAACUCAAACUUGCACAAGAUUCAUUGUGUUUCAGGGAAAAGAUUGAAGAUAAUAAGUACCCAUCACUGCCGGCGAUGAAGCAGGAUUGCCAGCUGAUUGUGGCCAACGCCCUGUUGUACAAUCAACCGAACACAGUUUUCUAUCUUGCUGCCAAUCGACUUUCCCAUCUCAUCAAUUACUAUUUCGGAGAGCAAUACCUUCGUUUCCUCUUCCACAACCUUCCAUUUGCCAACCAAAUUCCGUUCGAACUCGUUGGGAUCACUCCACUGGCUCCACUUCCGCACGAACGUCACGGUCACGUCAACAGCCGCAAAAAUCUUGUAAAAGAUGAUAUGACCUCGGACGACUGCUUAAAAAAUGCGGAUGCCAAAGUACGGGACAGACUUUCGGCUCGACUCCCUAAUACCAAUGACAACAGAAAGAAAGGAAAGCUAGGAUUUUUGUCAGAAAGAAACGGAACUGUCGUAUUGAACGUGGUCGCUGGCUAUUCGGAAGACAAAAUCACGGAGAACGACCCUCCGAGAAGAGUGACGAUCGGAGACAUAGUUGGGCCGUUGGAAGAAGGAACUACUGGCAUGAUUCAGAUGGCCGACCAUCGGUUGUACUCCCAAGCACCGAUGAACUAUCUGAACUACGGACCGUACUCUUCGUUCGCCCCGAUGUACGACUCCACCUGGUCAACUAUGACGAAAGAGGACACUGACCUUUUCCUUCGAACUUAUGGAGAUAAAUCGAAUGCCACAGACGUCAUUACGAUGCGUCGCUUUGUAUCCGGAUGCGAGGAUUUCUCAGAGGUAACCACGAAAUGGUAAAGUCACACUAUGAUGAAUAUUUCAGAUGGUCGAAAAGUUCCUGGAUACAAUGACAGAUGGGGAACACUCGAGAGCUAUGAAGGAACUGGAAAAGAACAACAGCGGAGAAGCGAAUGACGAGAAGCCGGAACCUGAUGAGCUGAAGGUGAGUGUGCUUGCCAAUCACGAAUGGCAUCAGGUGUUGUAUCAUUAUUACUAUUCUUAUGAUUUAUGUGAUAUGAUCAGUUCCUAGCCUUUACCCUCUUUCAACUAACUCUUCUUUUCGUCCGCAUUCGAGAUAGGCGUUCCAGAAUGACUCUCUUCUUUCUCUGCUUGAUGAUGUGACCUCCAUCAACAAUCUUGGCAUCGAAACUGGGUUCCUGCAUGACUACCGUCAACAAGUGCUUGUCCACAAAGUGGUUGGUUUUUGUGUUCAUUCGAAAUUAGUUGCUGGUUCAUUUUAUGUGUCAAUUUCAUAAUCUUUCAGCCGUCUGAAAAUGUACCAGAGUACAUGGUCGGAAUGGAGCAUAUGGAUGUUCAGGUAAAUAAGGCAACUUGCGAUCGGAAACUUGAUCUAAUCUUUUUCAGCAACAACUUGAUCAUAUCGGGCAAGAAAUAAAGGACCUUGCGCAUCUCCAAGAGACUCGCCUUUGUCAGCCACCGCCAACGAUGCUCAUGACCGUCCAAGAACCGGGACCGGUUGAGCAGAAGCUCGCCGAGAGUGUCCAACAGCACCUGGCCCACCAGCUCGCUACGCACACUGCUCCAGAAGCGUUCGUCAACGAUACGGUGAUCCACGACGCAAUGGGGGUCGACGUGGACGACGAUCUGUUCAGCGAGUUCUUCGUCACUCAGUAAACGGAAGACAUGUUUAAAAGCAUGAUAAUCGACAAUCAACUUCAUAAUGGUCUCCCCUCCUGUCCAUCAAAACUUUUAAUAUUAAUUUGAGACAUAUUUGUAAUGUUCAGUUCUCAUUUUCAUUACUUUGGUAUUCAAACAAUAAAUACAUUUAACACACGCUCUCGUUUCAUACUUGUUCUUCCUUCGCGAUGGAAUGGCGAGAUUGCAUCAAACAGGAUCCGCACCGUUUCUGUGUCUCCGUCUCGUUUCUCACCGAGAUCGGACGACGUCGUCGGAUACUCAAGGCACUUCUGCGUCUCUCUUCUUUCCGAUUCUAUGUGGAACUUAUUGAUUGCCCUGUGGUAAGUUGGAUAAUCGGGGGAAUCCCUCGGAUGAUCGUCCACUUCCAGCGGCCUCUUCUUACUCGCCAACUGCUGCUCUCCAGAUGUCAAAUUCGAGAAAGACCAUCACAGAAGGUGGGCGGAGUCACUGGCUCAUUUCCAGAUUGAUCCGUUGAUUGCAGAAAAGAGUUGGAGGACAAAUUCGUCAGUAAUUUAGCAGAACUCAAAAACCACGAAGAAAUUCUGCUGAAAGCAGUCGAAGCGAUGAAAAAUGCGAAUGAAAAGAAGGAAGAGGGAGAAAUAGACUAUAUGAAGAGGAUUGCCGAGAUCGAGAAGGAACUGAAGGCGACAAAAGAGGAUCACGCGAGACUACUGUAAGAACGAGAAAAGACUCCAGGAAGAACUGAGAAUGUAUUCAGAGAGAAACACGAUAACUACAUGCGAGGCUUCGAACGGCCGAGAACGUGGUCGGAAACGAUCAGCAAGUACACCGGCGACGCGUUCGGACGUCUUCUGUUCAACGGCCUCUGGGGAGCCAUCGUCGUCCUUCUUCCCCUCCUGAUUCGCCCGUUCCAGAGGAGAUGGCUGACGGCGUUGCGAGGCGGAGACGGUCCGACAAUUGAAGAGGUUUCUGGUACGUGCAUGGCUUGAGAAUGGCUUCCGAAGAGUUUAGAAUGGGAGGGAAAGGGACGAAUAGACUUAGAUAUAUUGCAGAGAAUGAUGAGGAUGGCGUGAGGAUUUCGAACCAAGAAGUGAAGCAGAUCCUGGACGCGGAGAGAAAGAGGAAGAAAGCAUUGAAAGCAGAGUAG